GAAAGUUUUCAUGUUCUUUCCUGAGGAUGAAGAACAAGAACCACAACCAGCAGACGAAGCACAAUUAGGUCGUUCUUCAGGACUUGCCGCAGGUGUAAGUCCUCUCAUUAGCUGCAGUACAAGCUCGUCCAACAUAUCAGCCACUUCGCCGCUUUUGCGACGAGGACCAGCAUCUGCGCCCCCUGUCCCUUCUACAGCAGCAUUAAUAACAGCAUCUUCAUCUGCAAGACGAGUAGACAAAUCAGUUGACGAGGUGGACGACGAAGUGCUGAACGAAAACGCCAGACAUAGAGAAGUAGAUGACGACAAAAAACUACCGCCUUCCAGUCCCUUUCUCUUUUUCGACUCCGAUGACGAAAACGCGAUGAAAGUCACCCCGACACCGCAGAUGCAGCAGUUGAUGCAGCAGGGCCAGGCUAUUCAAGAGGAGUACGCGCAGAUCGUGAACGCUUUACAGGAGUUACAAAUGCUGGGG